AAGAUGUUUUCCUCAAACCGACUUUGCGCGCUCUUUAGUUUUGCACGAUAUCGACCUUCAGGUAUUAAUAUGUAUUAAUAUCAAUAAUAAUAACUGCGUGAAAUCAAUGUCAGUUGGGAAGUUAUAACUUUUGGUUUUCUCAACGUACUCGAUGUCUACUUUUAUCAGGUUAAUCGACCGAUUAUAAUGCAAUAAUAUACAAUGCGUUUCCAUUAAAUUGUAUAUGAUAUACGUACGUUUGAUGCAGGCACCAGGUGGUAUGCGAGAGCUCGCAGUUCAAAUUAUCGUUUCCAGUCAAUAAAGAACACGAAUCGAAUACGGUUAGUGCGCGUUACUAGAAUAUUAUGGUUUCAAAUUAUACACUGAGAUUUCGCACUAAAACCACGUGAGUACUUUCGAGACGCUUUUUUAUACUUUUUUUUGCGUUAAAGAAUUAAUAAUUCGGCAUAAACAUACAUAAACCGGCGAUGGCUCCGAACGCAUCGCCUUUUUAUAAUUUUAACAUGGACAAUCACGCUACUCUCAUUCAGAAAAAUAUCUGCCACCAAUUCAAUAAUCGUAAUUCCCUGUUGAAAAACAGCUUACAGUCAGUGAGAGCAAAAUUUGUUGCGAUCAAUAGACAUUAUUUAAGGGAAAACAUUAUCGAGCCGGUUAGUCAUUUUUCAUCUUCAUCUGUUAUUGGAAGAGAAAAAAAUAUAAACACAUGGUUCGAUGAUUUGUAUUCCGUCUCGUCAAUGCGCUUGGAGCUUAUACGCAAAAAUAUGGUAAAACAAACGUUAACCGAAAAAUUAGAAAUGUGGUUUAAGAAAAAAGACGAAAUGUCACGGAACAGGAAAUUCGACGUUUUAUUUAAACCCAAGGUCCAGCGCGACGAAAUUCUAGUCAAAAAAGAAAACUAUCAAUUGAUUUUUAAUCAAAUUCAACAACGCUCCAACAGUAAACAGGCAGUUGUUUUUGAUCACCUACAACGCAGUAGAGAAAUAUGCUUUAAAGCGGUCUUAGCACAAGCUAUUUCAAUUUCAAGUUUUAUAAACAAUUGUUUCAAUGACCAACAGUUGAUGUUCAAAAUUGGAAAAGAAAUCUAUGUUUACAAUUCAAUGGAGUCAAGCUUAAAUGAUUUAAAGAAAAUUCAAAUUGUUGAAAAAGAAACAUUAAUAUCAGCCCAAAAUUUGGUGAAGGAUCUUACAUUAUACAAAAAUAAUAUAGUUAUUCCUACAAAAGAAAAAAUUGAAUCAUUAAAAUUAAAAAUUAAUAGUAAAAAAUGUAUAUUGAACAAAUUUUCAAUUAAUACUCCUGAUUGGAAGUCAAUACAAAGUGUUAGACGCCAAUAUGUUGCUUUGGUUAAAAAUAAUAAAGUAUUAAUUCAAAAUAUAUGCAAUAUAAGAAAUAUACCAUUUAUAAGUGAUCCAACUAAAAAAAUAUUCAGACAGAAUUUAACUAGAGUUAUCAAUACACUUGUUAACACUAUAUCAUCAACUAAUGUAAGACAUUUAAAUGAAAAAUAUAAUAAGCUAAAUUUAUUGUUAAGCGGAAAACUUGUUUGUGUGGCAAAUACCAAGGUUAUGAUUGGUGAUAAUAAGGAAGCAAUGGCAUUUUGUAUGGAAACUUUGGCAACAAAACUCAUCAGUUAUGCAGAGGAAGUAAUAAGUGUAAAGACUCAAGUAGCUUAUGCAAUUGCAGCAGUUAUAACUAAGCUUUGGAGUGUUCAUCAGCAAUUUGGUAAAAUCCUUUAUGCUGAAAUAAAAGAAAAAUGCCCUCUUUUAGUUCCAUUUGCUCAUCCUGUAUCACCAUACUUAACUGCUAACCAAAUUGACCAUAAAUCGUUUGGUUAUAAGUUUGAUUCAUUGGGAAAUGUUGAAUCAGAUGAAAAAUACCUAAGACGUAUGACAGGCAUUGUACGUCUUUAUGCAGCUAUCAUAAUUACCUCAUCAAAAUAUGAUCAAUCAGUUAUCGGUCUAAGUCAAGCAUGGAUUUUUGUGGCUGGUACUUUAAAUCAAAAUCCAGUUGCAAACAUUACAGCUACUAUUUUGGUUGAAUUUCUUAACAUUGUUGGGUUUUCAAUGCAUCAAAGUUAUGGUAAACAGUUUAUCAAAUUAUUAGAAUAUAUUCUUACACAAUAUUUGAAAAAAAUCAUACUGAUUACGCCUGAAGGGAAUGGAGGACCUAUUACACGUCUAAAUAGCUUUAUUUCAACAAGUUUAUCUAAUAGUUUGCUUGAAGAACCUAAAGGUAUGUUAUCAUCUGAUUUUUGGUAAACAUUUUUUAUACUAUUUCUAGUUAUACUUGUCCUACUUGAUUGCUUUAUUUAUAAUAAAAAUUUAAAAAAAAAAUUAGAA